UCACUAGGGUCUUUUGGCUUUCUUGUUAGCUUGGUGGAGCUUCACCGGAGGUUGUGUUCUCGGUCAGUCUGGCGGUUCUAUAUGGGCCCCCGGUUAAAAGGGUGUACAUGGUCUUGGGUUGGUUGGUUGGAGGCAGCAAUCUUCAACUGUACUUUCCGAACGACGGCAUCGCUGGUUCAGAGCCUUCCUCGUGCUGCUGGUGCGAUUCUUCUUGGGUUAGUAAGCAGGUUGGAGAUUGUGAUUCUUUGUGUAGGUUGUGGCUUGUGGAUCUUCGGAAGCUGUAGGAGCUGUGUGUUUCAAGGUUUGAGGGUGCUUUCUCCGGUAGCUCGCGGUAACUGGUUCUCACUCCGUUCAUACCUGUUCCUCUGGUCCGUCAUUGCUCCGGUGAUGUCUCGUAUAAAGUCUCAGUCUUUGUUUCUUUCCUGUUGAUCAUUUCUUGCUGCUUGGAUUCUUUUGUUUAGCUUAAUUUUCUGCAAAUCUGUUUCUUGUACAUCUCUGUAUUUUUGUAAAAAAUUGAAAAUCUGGUAAUAAUAUUUAAUAUUUUACCAAAGAAAAAAAAAAAAAAACAUGCACAAACAUCCUAAUUAAGGGAAACAACAUGCACCACCACUUGUUCCUGAAAUAGCGAUCAUGGUCAACGGAUGCAAAAAAAAAUCCGUUGGUUCCUUCCACUCUGAUACUAAAACGAUAUGGACCAAUUUAAUUUUGAUCUAAUAGUCACAACCACUGUUUUAACGUGAAAGAAAAGAGAAAAAAAUUUACUUCAAUUUUCUUUAACCAUAACCUCUUUUUGAGAAUAAAUUUAUUGUUGAUAAUUGGUUUGUUACUAAUAAAAAUAAAAUAUAUAAUAUAUAAUUUAAUGGUAAAAAGAAGCUUAAAACUGAUAUAAAAUAGAAAACAUUAAAACCAAUGUAAAGGAAAAUUUCUCCAGAACUCUUUGACGACGUAUAUCGAUAUCUUACACUGCAAUAUAGGUACGGAUCCGUGGGAUAUUAUCGCCAAACAGUUUUUGUAUGGUGAACGGCCUAGUCCAUCAUAUUCAAUAAUUGAAAGUUAUACAUUGUGAAUAUGAAAUAUGAACGAGUAAUUUUAUUAUAUUCCACUGAAGCAGUUAUAUAUGAUUAGAUUUUAAAAUCCGUUUUUUACAUGAGUUUAUAGUAUUUAAAGUUACGUUUUUUUUAUUUCAUAAUACAUGAAGUUUUGAUUUUUUACACACAUUAAUUUUUUUUUCUAAAACAAAUCCUUGAAAAUAUAAUUUUAACCUAAUUAAUUUAAUUAUAAAAAAUAUUAAAAAUUUAAUUGGUUACACUGAUAAAAUUAAAAUUAUCUAAAUAUGUGAAAACAUCAUCUAUUAUGAUACAACAACGAUCAUUUAUCUAUACUGAAACAAACUGAAAGGAGUAUAUAUUUGAUCUAGUCACAAAACGAAAAUAGCAAGUAAACCUAAAAGUAGAGAAACACUAUGUGGCAAUUAAGCCGGUGAAUAUGUUUGUCGUUAAUUCAAACAAAGUUAAAAUUAUUCAAGUAGAAUCACUCUUUUACGUAUUGGUCAAUAGUCUAAUCAAUUGACAUCCAUGAUAUUUAUUUUCUGAAUCAAAGAUUAAUCAUUUGAUGAUCAUUCAAAAUCAUUUACAUUAUACAUCUAUAUUUUCACCUCAGGUUUUAACCAACAUUUUUGGGUGUGUGGACAUACAAAAGUAUCACACGGGUCUCCAAUUUCAUUUACAUUUCUUAGAGUAUCAACAUUCACAAAGUUUUUGAAAGGAGUUUCUAUAAUAUAUAUAAUAUACAUAUGCUAAAAUUUAAAUCACAUUUUAAAUAAUAUUUAAGUCGAUAAUAACCCAAAUUCUCAACAUAAAAAAAUCUCUCAUCCGAGAGACUAUUUCUCUUCUCUCUUUUUUCUUUUAUCGCCUCUCUCCUAAUUUUAUUAUUUUCAUAGGAAAAACUUGGUUGAGAUAUCAAGGGAUGAUCAUGUCCUAAGACAUAUUCAUCUAUAGUAAAGCAUGUGCAUUGAGAGAUUGAGAUUAAAACAUGUCCACUGAAAGAUAUAUUAGAACCUCAUUUUGAGGACUUCUACAGUAAAUAUGUUUUUACAAAGAAAAGAUGUUCUUACCAUCUCAAUUUGUAACCAACACUAUUUGUGUGAGUGUGUGUGUCUGUGGGCAUGCAAAAAUAAGAUCACACACGGGUCUUCCAAUAACAUAUAUAGCAGGAAAAAAUAUCCAUACAUUGUUAUAAAAUAAAAGUAUAUAAACAAAAAGAAAUUACAAAUUAAUAGUAGUUACACAUGAGGACAGAUACACACACGUACGAUCUAUAACCUCAAAAUAAAUAAAAAGCAGAAAAACAAAACAGAAAAUAGUACACACUCACUACUCAGUACUGGAGUACCGCCCCAGGCUCCAUUUUUAUCCAACCACACCGAUACAAAACAAACACAACCGUCUCUCUACCUCUGUCUUCUUUUUCUCUCACCCUCUUCUCUUUCUUUUAUGGCGAAGAUGCUGGAGAAUAGCUAUGGUUACGGCACCGGAGAAAGGAUACAGUUAAUGGUGGAAGGUCAAGGAAAGGCGGUUCCUGCACCGUUUCUGACCAAAACGUAUCAGCUUGUCGACGAUCCCGCGACGGAUCAUGUCGUUUCUUGGGGAGACGAUGACACCACUUUCAUCGUUUGGCGUCCGCCGGAGUUCGCUCGUGACCUUCUCCCUAACUACUUCAAACACAACAACUUCUCUAGCUUCGUUCGUCAGCUCAACACUUACGGUUUCAGAAAGAUUGUUCCAGACAGAUGGGAGUUCGCGAACGAGUUUUUCAAAAGAGGAGAAAAGCAUCUACUCUGCGAGAUCCACCGGAGAAAGACAUCUCAGAUGAUUCCAAACCAACACUCUCCGUUCAUCACUCACCAUCCUCCGCCGCAGAUUCCUUUCUCCGGCGGCGCUUCUUUCUUCCCUUUACCACCUCGUGCCGACGCCUCCGCCGCAAUGGACGACCACUACUGGUGCGAAUCUCCUUCCCCGAGACCACGUGUAGUCCCCACCACCGCCGACGCGCAAGUCGCCGUAUUAACCGAAGACAACGAGAGGUUACGGCGGACCAACACGGUGUUAAUGUCGGAGCUUGCUCAUAUGAAGAAACUGUACAACGACAUUAUCUACUUUGUUCAGAACCAUGUCAAGCCUGUCGCUCCGAGUAACUCUUUCCUACAGAAACAGCAACAACCUCCUCCUCCUCCUCCUCCAAUCGAUUAUUACAAUAAUGCAACUGUCCCUAAUCACUCUCCUCCUACUUCUCAAAGCUCCAUUACUCUUCUUGAAGAUGACACUAAUCCGGAGAGUAUUACGAGAAAGACGAAGCUUUUUGGAGUUUCCUUGGCUUCUUCCAAGAAGAGAUCACAUCAUUUCUCAGAUCAAAGUAGCAAAACUCGACUUGUGUUGGAUAAGUCAGAUCUUGGAUUGAAUCUCAUGACUGCUUCUACACGUUAAGAGUCCCCUUUUUUUUUUUUGUUAAGUUUCAGCAUUAUCAGCACUAAUGUUGUUUAUGAAUGAGCAUCAUCAUCAAUCUUAAAGACUUUGUUUUCUUUGAUUAAUAAAUCUUCUUCUAAUCGAUUGAGUUUUCAGUUU